CGCGUGCCUGCCGUCGUUCCCUAGGUUCCGACCAGCUGUACACCAGCAAAGAUAAGUGUCGACGCACGUGUUCGUCAAUUUAUUCAGUGCCGCACGAGCGAGCAGCUAAGUACGUAACGGAUCCAUCUCUAGAAGUCAUAAGAGGGCAUUGGGCAGAGUACAGGAGAGCGUCGAACAGCUGGUGUCGCAGGGGGUCCUCGUACGACAAACUAACAAGUUACAAGGAUGGAACACGAACGCUUUUUGCGCUCGGGAAAGAAACUGUCGCGUCAAAGCAAGACGGUCUAUACAAACGGGACCGAGCUCUCCAACGGAUUUCAUGGAUAUAAAAAAGAUAACGAGAAAUUGGAGAAAACGGAGGUCGCUUGGUACAGGAAAAUAUUCGACCAAAAUGUCGUGCCCCUCUUCCUGAUCCUCGUCACCCCUCAAGUGGGCAUAUUGUUUUGGUACACACUCAAACAGUGUGGGGGGAGCUACACCGAGCUCGGAGUCAUGUUCUCCGAGAAAUCCUUCUUUCCUGGAGUGUACGAAAUAUGGAGUCGCACUUUACACUGGCCCAAGGAUGGGCUGUGUUUCUACAUCCUCAUUGGUUACAGCGCAUGGGCUCUCUUCCUGAUGGCGUUACUGCCAGGUGAAAAAGUCGAGGGUCCGAUCACUCCCAAAGGAAACAUUCCGAUAUACAUUGACAACGGGUUUAAGCAUUACGUUGUGACCAUGGUCAGUCUGGCUGGACUGACCGUGGUAUUAAAGCAGUAUGGAAUGAGUCCGUCCGUUGUAUACGACCGUUUCGACGAAAUUCUCUUGAUUCUGAACGUAUUUAGUUUGAUAUUUUGUGCUUUCCUGUACUUCAAAGGACUUCACGCCCCUUCUUCAACAGACUGUGGGACAUCCGGAAACCCUCUAUUUGAUUAUUAUUGGGGUACCGAACUAUAUCCUCGGAUUUUUAUGUUUGAUGUGAAGGUUUUCACAAACUGCAGAUUUGGAAUGACGGUCUGGGGACUCCUUGUCGCCAUCUUUGCCUUAAAAAGUUAUGAACUGCAUGGUUUCGUGGAUAGCAUGUUUGUAUCGGCCUUUCUUCAAUUGGCGUACAUCACCAAAUUCUUUUGGUGGGAAGCGGGUUAUAUGCGCACCAUUGACAUCAUGUUGGACAGAGCCGGGUACUACAUUUGCUGGGGUUGCCUCGUCUUCAUUCCGUCGUUUUACGCGUCCGUUAGUCUCUACCUUGUUGCCAAACCUGUCAACCUAGGUACAACGACAUCACUUUUGAUAUGUCUUUGUGGCUUAACAUCAAUAUAUAUAAACUAUAUUGCCGACUGGCAGAAACAGAGAGUUCGUCAAACUAAUGGCGAAUGUCUCAUCUGGGGUAAGAAACCAAACAUUCUCAGAGCGAAGUACAUGUUAGAGAGCGGACAAGAAAGGGAGAGCAUAUUGCUCGCUUCCGGUUGGUGGGGAAUGUCACGUCAUUUCCACUACAUACCGGAAAUCCUGUUGGCGUUUUGCUGGAGUUUGCCGGCUCUGAGCGAGAAUAUAAUGCCUUACACUUACGUUAUCUUCCUCAUUAUCCUUCUCACUCAUCGAAGCUUCCGCGACGACACAAAGUGCGGCUUGAAAUAUGGCAAGUUCUGGGCGGAAUACUGCCGAAAAGUACCACAUAAAAUAAUCCCUUACCUGUUUUAAUUUUUUGGUCCAUACGUUGAUGGUUUCCCAACAGACAAACAUGACCAAUUCAUCCAAUCAACAUUCUGAAAUCUUCCAUAAAUCCAGAAUGUGCUAGACAAUGUAGUGAAAUCACAAUGAAGAUGGGGACGAUGUUGGAUGCAUUCAUUUAACGUAUGCCUUCGAUUUAUUGUCAUAAACAUUAUUUAUUUUCAUGAACCUAAUGUUGUGAAACUGGCGCUUUGUACGAAUGAAUCUUUUAAGAGCUUUAUUUUUCUGUCAGCCAGUUUCAUUCCGGAUGUUUACCUCGUUGAUGUCUACUUCCGGUUGUGGAAGUGCUAACUAGCGUAAUGCUCCAUUGUCGAUGCAAACUAUGUACGAGAUCUACACUGGUGCUGCUUUAUGUCAAGUAGUGAUACAAUAACAAUACUCAUAACGUAACUGUAUGGUCGGUAGACCUCACGGGGUUCACCGCUGUUAACUGACGUUCAUCGUAGCUUAAUUCUAUAACAUAAACAUCACUCGUAAUAUUUCUACUGUCCGCUUACAUAUCUAUAUUUUAUGUACGCAUAGACUAUGUACGUAUCCUCUUUUGAUGGAUGGUGCUUGUCUAUAAGCUUUCGGUUUUGUUUUGUUUACUUUUAUCAUUUUGUACUUUGACGCUAUCUUGCUUUUUUAUUGUCGAAUUAAAUAUUAUCGUCAAUGUUUUUGUACUCACUGUGACCGAGAGAUCAAGCCAAGCCAUGUAAUCUUGCCUACUUGUGUAACAUUUUUAACGGACUAGCUAACAUGUACUGUUGUAUAAUAUAUUGACCUAGAGGAUGUUCAGUGGAUAUAAAUACGUGUUACUUAAUUGGGAAUCCGUUACUUGGAAAGAGUGAAAGCAACGUAUGUGAACCAAAGUUUCCGAUUUGAACUCUAUGACCCCAUUUCUUGAAUAGUGUUCCUUAUGCAGGAGCAUCAUUAACUGAUGUAAGAUGAGAAAAAUGUCGAAAACUUAAAGCGCGAUUUUAAAUCGGCGUUUAAGGUACGAAAAGGUUGUGCAAAUAUCAUUUUCCUUUGGUUUCGCAUAUUGAUUACAUAAAAUGUACAUAAUUUAUUUCUGAAAAAGGGUGAGAGUUCAAUGAAUGAACUGAUUAGGGUGAUUCAGGUAUACGUGUUGCCACGGAAUCAACCGAACUGCGAUUCCGUUUAACGUUUGCUCCUCGGAUGUUAUCGAGUUGUGACGAAAAGUAAUUUUGUAGAAUUGUAGGAUAAUGAGAUGAAAAUGAUAUCAAGAUGACAUUAUUUGUUAAGAACAAUUUUAAUUGCUUGAAAAAGCUUGGAUUUUAGUUAAAUGUCUGCUACAUUUUAAAAGGUAUCUAAUUAUUAGGCUUACGUGGUUAAUUAUUGUCCAAGUAAAUGUUUGUAAGAGGAAGUGUUGUGAGUCAACUUAUACAUUAUUAUGACAGCCAUUGCUAAUUUGUUUUAGUUGGUUUCAGUUUUAAGAAAUAACUUAAAACUAAUCACGAUAUGCUAGUCUUCGGCAGCCCUCCUUUACCAUGGUGGUGGCUUGCUAUUCUAUAAAGCAGCCCUCCUUUACCAUGGCGGUGGCUUGAUAUUCUAUAAAGCAGCCCUCCUUUACCAUGGCGAUGGCUUGAUAAUCUAUAGAGCAGCCCUCCUUUACCAUGGCGGUGGCUUGAUAUUCUAUAAAGCAGCCCUCCUUUACCAUGGCGGUGGCUUGAUAUUCUAUAAAGUAGUGGUAGUUGGUAAAACAUGUUAGGUCAUUUUACGGAUUUUUAGAUAAACAUAUUUUAGCGGAAUACGUAUUUAUUCAAAGUAAUUUUAGAACAUCAAUGGCAGUAUUGAUCUGAACUUAAUUUUUGUCAAUAAAUGCAUACAAAUCUCAAAUAUUCAUCGUUUUGUUUACAAUCUGUAAAUUUUAAAAAGUAGAUUUUUAACAAGAACCCAUAUACAUGAGUUUUAAAAAAAGAAAUGAAAUCUUAAAACAAGCAACAAUAAACAUGAGGUUUCAAAGAAAUCAACAUGAACCGAAUAAAAUAUAAAAUAUAUUUUGAAAUAAAUAACCAAUAAACAUUGGGUUUAAAACACGUUCUCCAAUACGGCAUACGUCCUGAUAGGACUAGAGGAUCAGCAGAAGUCUGAAUAACUGUUUUAAAUUCAUACUUAUAUAAUUUUGAUCUUUAUUUCAAAACUGUUCGUCAAGUUUACUAUGUGAUUCUCUGUCGGCCAAUUGCCUAUAUAAUAUGGGAACCUGUUGGCGUACUUGCGGACGGUGCCAGAAACGUUCUGAUUUAGAAACCACAUACACAAUCCGUGAGCCAGCUGUAACCAUGCCAACCUCCUAUGUAUUUAUUCGGAAUCGUACGACAAUAUCGUAUAUAAGUAGUGAGCACGCGCCAUGCUGUAAUACACAUUAACAACUACCACAUACCUGUCGUCAGACAAAUCCAAAACAACAAAUAAUAACCGUAACACAAGUUCAAGACUAGACAGACAUACCGUAACACAAGUUCAAGAC